AUGGGUGUUUCAGGCAGCACACUUCGGAGCAGUGUUUUGAGACAUCUACGCUUCGGGAUCUCGUCACGUUAGUUUCGCGGCAGCCAUCCCUACCAUCAGCCUGGAAACACCUCGUGGAGUUCUUAAAAUCAACAAGAUUAUAUGAGAGAAUUUAGCAAACAGUUUCUUUUCGAAGAAGCAGAAGAGUCCAGACGAAAACACGCUCGGCCUUUUAAUCCAUCUUAGUUUCGUUUUUGAAAACCACUUCGACAAAAUGUAGGACAACAAAAUUCGUUCGUUUUAUGCCAUUUUUAAAAUGUUUAGCCUAUAUAAUAUAUGAGACACCGAUGAUUUGACAGUAACGUAAGUUAUUUAGGGUGUGGAAAAACAAUCUGAGUGAAACACUGGUCAAAGACGGAGCUACCGAGUGUGUUUGGCAUGGAGCAAAUGAUUUACUCCAUUAUCUGUGUAUUUGCUCUGCUGAUCAACAAAGUGUCCCUGCAGGAUGUGAAUGUUGUUGAGGGUGUUACUGGAGGUUCGGUUGUCUUGCCGUGUGCUACCAGUGAGACUGAACACAAACUUUCUGAAUUCACUGUUCAUUGGAGACACAAUGGCAGUCUGCCUGUCUGUGCCAUAAUAGAAGGCAAAAUUUCACUACAAGCCCAAGACUUCAACUACAAGAACAGGACUGAAACUUUUCCUACUGAGUAUGAGAAAGGAAACUUCUCCAUCAAACUCAACAAUCUUGCAUGCACUGAUGCAGGAAAUUACCAGUGCUUCAUCCUACAUUCAUCUGAAGAAGUGAUCACACAGCUGAUCAUCAAAGGUGUGUAGUGGUGAUACUGAUAUUACAUGACAUUAAGAAAGAUUUUUGAAUGCAGUAAAUGAUGGUCAAAAUAUUUGAAGUUUACCAAGAUAGUUAGUCAACUUGAUAGAGCAGUGCUUCCCAAACUUGGCAUAAGGCUCGCCUUGUGUACAGUGCAUCCCUUCGUGCCCCCCAAAGAAAAUAUAUAACAUCAAAAGUGUUUACAUUUUAAUUAAACAAAAUAUAUUACAUGAUACAAUGCAGGGCUCAACGCAAAUAAUUUUUUAUACUGGCCCAGUCGUGCCAGUGGUUCAGGUUUUCACUUGCCCUGACAACAUUUUUACUGGCCCCCCAAAAAAUGUCAGUGUCACAUAUGUAAGGAAUAAUUGACUCCGGUCCUUUGAAUUAUAAGAAAAUAAUGCACACCAAGGUGGUAAUGCUACACCGCAGGUGUGCAUUAUUUUCAAAUAAUUCAAAGGACCGGAGUCAAUUAUUCCACUUAUACCACGGUUACCACAAACAUUGCUCUGUUGCCUAUUUUUAAGACAUUUGAAAAGUUAGGUGUGCGGUUUACAGAAAAAUAAUCAACACCCAUAGAACAUUUCUCAGCCAAUCAGAAUGCAGCAUUCAACAGAUCUGUGGUAUAAGUAAAAAUAAUAAUUCAAAAGUCAAAUAUAAUUGUAUACAUAUACAACAGACAUGUUCCAACAAAAAAAGCCUCCAACUUUUCUGCUUUACCUGUAAACUGACAGCAAAUUGUGCAAAAUAUUACAUCGUUUCUUUCUUCGUGUUUUAAGUAAAUGUCUGCUUCCAAGAUUUUACAUAAUAUAUAUUGAUGAAAAUAUAUUUAGUGACUGAGGGUGAAGCACUGGCCCAAUCGGGCAAGUGAUAAUACUUUUUACU